AACAAUGCAUUAACAAACAGCAACCUACAAAUCCUACUCAUUCUGCCUUUAAAGGUGGCCUAUGUAAUUCUGCAGACAUCCAAUACUGUGACAAUAUGAGAAAUAUAUGCUGAUUUAAUUAAAUAUAUCAAUAUUUGGUUGGAAAUUACCCCAAAUGAAGAUAUUUGAACUCAAAAACAUUAUAUCAUAGUGGCACUCCAGUAAUGCUUUGAAUAUAAAUAUCAAAAUAUAGGUGAAAUUACCCACAAUGCCCUUUUUUAAGCAUUUAAUCAGCUAACAGAGUGCCCCCAUCAGUUAGGGCUAUGUUACAACACAAAUGAUGAGGUCUAUAUUCAACUUCCUACAUCAAACAACAGAAUGUUUUUCGGGUGUUCCUCCCUCAAUAUAAUUUAUUGUUCAUAUAAGGUCAUUAAGCCACUCUGAGGGUUUGGCCACAGUCAGACUCUCCCCUGUAAAAAAUGUCACUCUCUUCUUACCACAUUCACCACGACAACGCCUUACACCGAGAAGGAAACAGAGACGGUCAACAGGAUUUGUCUCCCCACCAAUGCAGAUGGCGGGCCUGUGCUGGAUGGCUGUAGCGCUGGUCUUGUCGCUGUCUGCUGGAAACAGUUGGGCUGUGGUGGACCAGAACAAACUUGCAAGAAUUGUCAUUGAUAUUGUGAGCAAGUAUAGACCACACUACGAGGUCAACGGUAAAAGAAGAUCACCCAUGUUCAGCCUGGCUCUAAGCGUUCCAUACAACAAAAGAAGCAAAAAGUAUGAUAUCAGUCAAGUCUUUAACACCGACUCUGAAGACGCUGUUAAAACUGACAUUCAAAAAUGUAAAGUGUACGCUGGCAGGAGAGUGGUUGCAGCCACUGUUUUGAAAUGGCCUGAUGUUGUGAAAUGGUGUCCUGAUGAACCUGUGCAAUGGCAGGAUGUUCUGAUGAAAUGUAAUCAAGAGUCUAUGACAUGGGCUGAGCUGAAGAAGAUGCGUCAGGAUAGUAAAACUGAGAAAGAGUGCCGUGAAUCGGUUUGGAAUCGUAGAGCUGAUCAUGCAGAGUACCGUACUCUGCAGCACUUCAACAACUUGGUCAACAAUCAUAACGAAAAUGAUUUGUUGCUUUUCUACGUUCUUGCUUCUCCAUGUCAUGACAAAUGUGCAGCUGAGGGAGUAUCAGGGAAUAUUCUUGAAAGCAUUCAAGAGAUUAAGAAGUGGAAUAAUUAUGCUCUUGUGUUUACGGAUGUGUUCCAGCCCCCUGGUGAAUCGGUACUUGAGGAGAACCGUAAAGCCCUCGAGCGGCUUGGGCAAUCAGUUGGUCUGAGCAACAUAUUUCGUUGCAAUAUAAAUACACCUGAGUGCACAAGCUGCUCUGUUGAAAAUCAAGUUGCCCGAUAUUGUUUUGCAGAUGAGCCUGGUCCCAGCAACAACUUGCCAUCCACUUCACAAAGCAACAAUAUUAAUCCAAGCACAGGGGUGUCCACAAAUGUUGACAGUAAUACAGGAGGAGGUCAGGGUGGCAGCGGCAGUGGAGGGGGCAAGGGCCACCGAAGGCGUCGCAAGGGCAAGAAAGGGAAAAAUAUUAAUCAAGGUGUCCGUAAUACAGAUGUUGACAGUAGUACAGGAGGUCAGGCUGAUCUUAGUAGACACAAAGCCAGAAAAGUGGGUGGACGCAGAGUAGGAAGAAAACAGGGAGGUGGAGGGAACAAGCAGAAGAGUAAGAAGAAAACACAGACAAACAAAAGGAAGAAAGCGCAGAGCAGAGGGACAACACAAUGGAGCCAGGGGGUAGAGGAAAGGACUAAAAAGCAAAGUCAGAAGAGGCAGAAGAGUAAGCAACCAAAGAGAAGGGAGAACAGGCCCAGGGGUGCAGAAAUGCGGAGGAUUAAUCAACCGCGGAAGACAAGAAAGGACAGCAGAGUUAGCAGGAGGAGAGGAUACGAAGAAUGAGCUUCAAAUCUAUGUAUACAUUAAACUGCCAUAAGUCUUUACCAGAGAGUUUCCAGAGAGGGGACAUGAAAUGUACAUAAAAUCUAAUUGGCCACCCCAAGUGCCACCCCAUUCUCCUUACCUCUUCCACUCUGCUUUAAGAGAAUAUAGCAGGCUCUGUUUUAUAGCUUGAUUGAAGAUAUUAGUAUCAUAUGAAACUAGAUGACCUACCGCAUCCACUGCUAUCAACAUGACAUGCUAGCAUCUUGGGCAGGGUGGCAAAUAAUGCUCCAAAGUUUUAAGCGAUGGAAAACCUGGCCAUCGGAUCUCAAGAUAUCUUAAUGAAAAUUCUUUCUAUGGGUACCCACAAUAUUGUAUUUGAAUAUGUCUACAUACUGGGAUCCAUAAACAGUAUUGGAAUUGCAUAAAUUGGGAAUGACUGAAAAACUGAGACACAUAUUUCAUGCCACCCCUGCAUAAGUCAGUGCCUCUCACCCCAGUUUCUUUAUAUGCCUCAUAGUGCCACAUUAGUAGUACAGAAACUAUAUUUCCCAAGAGGUGGAGCUUCUGCCACCAGGGUGAACACAGGUGUUACGCAUACUGCCAAUGAUUAGGACUAAAAUUCAUACAGUACUCGUGUCAUUGUCUACUUCUGUAAAUCCUCUGAUUAUUUUUGUUCUUUGUGAUUAAAGCUUGGCUCAGCAUCCA